GGAAUUUUUUCAAAUAACCAGCUUUUAUUGUUCACAACCCAACUCAGAGAAUCCUGGAAACAUACAUUAAUUCCUAUCUGUAGUUGGGCUUCACUAGUCGAAACAGAAACAGAAUCUUGAUUUUCUCACGGCUUCCCCUUGAGAACCGCUUUACGGACGUAAAUAGCCUGGUAGUGACGUUUUACAUGGUAAGUUCACGCCAACAAAAACAUAAAUUUUAAAGUACCCAGUAGAAAUAAUUCAUGUGUAUUCUAUGAAAUCCACCAUUUUCAGUUAUAUUGUUAGUUAUAGAUAAUUCGUGAAUUACUUAAUCUUUUCUUAACCUGAACAUAAUGAUAUCAUGUUUAGUCCAUUUAGCCUUCGAUCGCAGUUGCAUUUGUCAAUGUAGGAUUUAUUAGCCUCAAAUGACUUAGCUGUAUCAUUUUAAAACGCAAAAUGUUCUCACCCCUAUAUGAAUAUCCUUCGACCUCGUCACUCAAAGAGAGUUACAUUCUUCGAUUCGUUUCUCUCUCUAUCGUGCGCUGUUAUUUACACGCUGAGCAGCCAAGGAGUUCAUUUUGAAGGUAAAAAAAAAAAGUAACAUGUACGUCACAUGUAUACCUAGCUUAUCUCAAUUAUUUUUAAAACGAAAAUCAUCGACAAUUAACGUCAAUGAAGCGGGCAAGUUAAACAAGCUUCGACUAGUUCUUUAAACGAACGUUUGAUUAGCUAAUCAUAAUCUUGAUUUUUGCAUUUCAGCCGUUUGGCUUUUCGAGGCUGUAUCAAAAUGAUUUACAAAAACAUCACCAGUAUGGAAGAGCAUGAAACUUCAGGCGAACUACACAUGGCGUUAAGAGUGUCCAUGGGAAUUAUUGCCGUGCUUUCUAUUUUAAGCAACGGCUUGUUAAUUGCAGUUUUCCUUCGCAACCGAAGUCUUUUGCGAAGCUCAUACAAUGUCCUGAUCUUAAGCUUGGCGGUAACUGAUAUGACAACAGGUAUGUGGUUAAAUAAGAGUUAGGCAUAUUUUGAAUUCAUUGCGGAUUUGAUUGACUUAAGCUCUUAGAUAAGUUUCAUUUGCUUGCUCACAGGGGUUAAUGCAAUAACAAAGAAAAUUUCUUUGGAGUAGACAAAUACAUUCAGUAUUGACAGCUCACUAAGAGUUGUAUUUCAAGGUGAAAUAUGCGCUUUAACAUUGCAUCUUUCGCCAAAGCAGACCUUCAGGUUCUAUAAUUUUGAAAUACAGUAUUGAGAUAAUAAUUUACUUCGGAAGAUCCUUUUUCUCUUUCGAUUCGAAUUUUGAUACUAAACCAGCUGGCAGCUGAAACACGAGGAGUAGACAGAGGGCAAGUGAGUUGCUCUCUUUUACCGGCUGCCUCGUGUGUGACUUUUAUUUCGUUUCAAAGAAAAAAGUGUCAGAGUGACCUACAGACCUCAUAACGUCCUUUCUAUUUUAGAAAAAUUGUGCAGGUAAAUUUUUCCAAUGAAAAUUAAAUCCUAAACGGGUAGUGAUAGAACCAAAGUGUUUAUUGAGUUGGAUGAAGAAAUAGAUGGAUAUGUAACGAAGGUUUCAAAAUCGAACGCUCUUCCAGGUUGUAACACACGCAUGUAAUGUGUGAUAUUCUUCUAACAAUAGCAUAAACAAUAACUUUCUAAGCUAUUGUUUCGUAGCUCCGCCUUGACAAGUUAAUGAGCUUAAGCAUUAUUCCCUGAGGAGGAAUGAGCGCGUAAUCUUUGAAAAUCAAAGCUCUCCAGAAUAUCUUUCGCCGCUAAUAUUACGGAUCUAUAAUUUUUUCGCUACUGCAAGUAAAUGUCCCGAGAACAAUAGGCAUUCUACGCGAUGAGGUCUUAAACUGAGCGAGUAUAGAAAGAGUCGCUCUUUUACUUGUUCGAAACUAAUUUGACGCUUGUGUACACGAGUUUAGAGGGGCUACUGAACAAAUGAUGCAACAUCUGACUGAGACAUUCGAAAAAAUACAUCUAGAGGUUGAAGAGAAAUACAAACACAUUUAUCGUAUUUAGGAUACUCCAGGUACAGGCACAUUGAUCGAUUCGAGGACCAGAUCUCGUAAUGGUCAUGAGUUUGGAUUCGAAGUGCUUUCUUAAACGUCGUAUUAAAUUGUGUUUUUCAUAUCAAAAUGUGUUAAGAAGUCAUGUAGACCCUAGGGGAUCUGAGGUAGCUGGGUGGGCUAGUAAGCUGAUAUGCUCAAAGCUCACUCUAGAGUGCUAGAGAGUUUGAGUCGAAUAAAACUCCUCUCAGUACCCAGAAGAUGAGAAAGAAAAUUUUUAUGGUGUUUCCUUCCACAGGAGUAGGCCUGAUUUUGACGCCAUCUUACAUCAUAGGGAUCAACAACUUUCCAAUCCCAAGUGGCCUCGCUGGUGAGCUGUUCUGCCGAAUAGUCGUAUCAUACUACCUCGUGUUUACCCUCGGCAUUGUUUCAGUCUAUACAAUCACGUGUUUAUCUCUCGAGAGAUGGUUUGCAGUGGCAAAGCCUGCUCGGUACAGAGCAGGUUUUAAAAGUUACAGAAUCUAUAUAAUGGUGGCAACUGUAUGGUUCAUAUCGUUUCUGUUUAACGCCCCUCACCUUUUCGAAAUGAAACUGGGGCCCGAAAAUCACUGUGAAUGGGUUUCGCUGACGACGGGAGACGUCAGAAGAGGAGUUGCAUUAAUUGAGUUCUUGGGAAAGUUUUUCGUACCACUCGUUAUGACAUGUUUGUCGUUCCUGAGUCUGUGGGUCAAAGUUCGGGAUUCGCCAGCUCUGUUUCAAACAAAUAGAGGUAAAGCUGGUGUACGUCUACUGCGCAUGUGUGCAAUUACUGCAGUGGUUUUGGCAAUAUGUUGGUUUCCUAACCAAGUGUAUUACUUGUUGUUCAAGUUUGACAUUACCCAAAUGGAUACCGCUGCACAUCAAGUAACGGUAGUUAUGUGCAUGGGAAAUUCCACCCUCAACCCCUUUAUUUACUGCGCAAUUAACCCAUCUUACAGAAAACACUUCAUAAACUUUCUUUGUCCGUGGCGAUCGGGAUAUGAUGCCGCAGAUGUCAUUUCGGAUGAUAAGCGAGCUCAUACGAUGCGCAACAGUAACACGGCAUCAGGAUAUACCCAGCAAAGCUUUCCAGGGGCAAGAACGUCUCGCUUUGAUGACUACAAUUCACGGAGUGCUUCUGAAAUUCGCAUUUGACGUUGGUUACCGAAGUGGAAUACCUUAAAUGAGGUAUAAGGAAAGCCAACUAGGAGCUGCUGCCGGCAACAGAAAGGUUCGCUUGUGAACUGGAGACACCAAAGAUAUCAAACCGGGAAUAAGGAGACGAAAAAUAAACCUUGCAUGAGAAAAAAUAGCAAUGAAUUUUUUGUUUGGGGCUAGGGCUGAGAGAUCAUAACGAAUGCGCGUUAC